GAAAGACAGCAUCAGUUACACUUUAACACGUCUAACGUUAACAACCAUCAACCGUCAAAAUUUAUCCUACCGUAGAAAAAAUCUUAAACAUGGUUCUCAACUCAACCGUGAUCGAUAACAUUUCCAUCAACGAAGCUGAGCAGAUGCAGCAGCAACAACAACAAUCUCCCCAACUAGUGGUGAACACCACCAAUUUCAACAAUGAAGAUCUCGAAGAAUAUGUUAAUAUUUCGGAAGAAAUUGAACGUGCCUCCCGACAGCGCCGUUCUCUAAGAAGACGUUCUAGAUCUCGUUCCAAUACCAUGGUGGUGGCUACCAUGACCAGAGAGGAGAUAUUCGAAUCGACCAAUGUGGAUGAUGAUGAUCAAUUCCUAAAGGCUAUGGAGCACCAGACCUCUUAUGAGCCCGGCAAAGAGCGUGCAGCUUUGGCUAGCAGCAUUGAAAAUCUAAUGAAGUAUUUCGAUGAAGAUGUCAAUGUGGUCGAUGAUAGUUUGAUCAAGGCUUCUCCAGUUAAGAAACUUGCCAAGGGAAAGGUUGCCUCAGCAGUGGCCUCGUUCCGCAACAAGUGCAGCUUGACACCGUCACCCUUAAGCAAGCGCAAGAAACAGCAACUGGAAGUCAAGGCCAAUAUACAAGAGCUAAAGAAAAAGUAUGAGACUUCCAUGGACUCUGAAGUCAGUCCUUCUCCCAAGGCUUUAAAAUCUAAAAGCCCUAAGUUGUCGCGCAAAACCAAGGUAAAACAAAUGGCUUUACUGUUCAAUAAUAAAAUCAAUUCCAUGAUCAGAAGCUCUUCACCGGAACCACAAACACCAGAGCCAAUAUCACCGGGCAUAGAAUCCCUAGCCUCUCCAAGUUUUACUUCAACCUUAAAGCCCAAGUCGCCUAAAUUGAAAAACAAAUUCAACUUUGUAGCCAAAUUGCCGAGUCCCAAACCCAGUCCUCUGUUCAAGAGAAAACAACUGCAAAAAUCGCCCAGCAUUACUUCUUUGAGUAAUAGUCCAUUAAUGAAGCGCAAACAAUUGCAAAAACAACCCAGCACCACUUGUCUGGUAGCGGAAAGUGUAUUCUCCCAGCUGUCGGUAAAGGAUAAGGCCUUGCUGUACAACAAAUUCAUAGCCGACAUGUCUAAGCAAAAUCCCAAAUUCAGUAAACAUGCUGAGGUAUUGGAAUCCAAUGUCAAGAAGGAAGUACAAAGAGGAGAAGUUGUCUGUGAGAAACAGAAUUCGGUUAAACAUCUCAGAGACAGUCUAGAAGCUAAAAUAACACCCACCAAACCUUUGUCAAAAACUCUACAAAGAUUUAAAAGAUCCUCCUCAAAAUCAUCAUUAGAUAUUACCCCUAAAUCCAAGGAAUAUGAGGAUAUACUACAAAACGAUAUGUCCUCCUCACACUUGGAAGAUGAUUCCCAGGAUCUUUUGCAUGUCAGCACUUUGACGGUGGUUUUAAAAUCCAGUCCUGAAGCCAAGAAAUCAUCCUGCAAACCCAAGGGACAACGUAAAAAGAAAGAUGUUACCUUUCUUGAAGAUGCCACCAUUAUAGAGCCCUCCUAUAAAAGAACCCAAAACAUGAUACGUUCUUCUUUUCGCGUAGAGCCUUAUGCACCACCUAAGAAGAUAAGACGCACUCGUCAUGAGCGUUUGGCACCCAAAAUGUUUUUUCAGAACCAACAUUUGGAAAAGCUUUUCUAUCACUGGCUAAAGGAAAAGAAUGGCGUGGCCUUUGACAUCACCCCGGUUAACAAUAAAAACGAUAUCAUUGAAAUUGUGCCCAAAAAUUCCCGGGACAAUGUUUUGCCCGCCAAAGAGGUACAGGAAAUGCUAGAGGCUGCUAUAGUUAAACUAGAAUCAGUCCAGCAAGAGAAUGCAAGCAAGCCUACAGAUGCCAUAGCUUUAAUAAAGAACACUUUAGAAAAUGAACAAUGCCUAGAGAAGUCAGUAAUUGAAGUGGAACUUCCUUUGGAGGUGGAAAUACCCACUGCAGCAGCAAAUGAAAUUGAAACUGAAGAUAGCGAUUUGGGCUUGACUAGUAUAACCAAGACCACUAGCGAAGAAUCCCAAACGGAAUUCAAAACACACGAAGUUUCAAAUGUUUCGGCAAAACCGCUGCGCAAAAAGAAAUUACGCCGCUCUCUAACAUUAAGAAAGGAAAGCUCUGUGCUGGAGCCUCAUACUAUAUUCUCCACCGACUCUGAUUCGGAUUGUAAACCCCAAAACAACAAAAUACAAAGCUGCACUUUGCCCAAAUCCAAGAAAUGCACCAACUAUGUGAAGAAGCUGAUCUUUAAGAAUCUCAACAACUCGGCGCCUUUGGAACAGCCUAGUCUACUUAGCAAUGAACUAAGCAUUUUGGAGUUGGAUAGUUCUUUAAUAAGACAAGUCAAUUCACCCUCCAAAAUCAAGACUGCCUACACCUUAACAGUUAUGUCUUCACCAUCUCCCCAUUCGGAAAGUGAUUUUUGCGAUUCAGAUCUACCAAAAACACCCAUUAAAGAGAUGUCACGCUCUUGGCCUUCUUUGUUGGAGGUGGGCAUGGAUGAUGAUACUAAUCUGCUAAAAGACAAAUCUGUUACUACCGAAUUCACCGAUUUGGCCAAGAGUAAAGUGCAGCAAGAUCAACAAAAAUUGCUAAUGGAUAGCUUUAUAGAUCAAGGUUUCGAAACUGGUUCUAAUGAUAUGGACUCACCUUUGAGAAUGCCUAGAAAGAUGAACCAUGAUGUAGAGAAAUCUAUAACCAAACGAGAGAAUCCUAAAAAUUUCUCCACACCCAACAAAGAUAAACCAGUUAAACAAGUAUUUACUGCUCUAGCGGGAACUGCACAAGCUCACACCAUUAGUCCCAUAUCAACAAACUAUUCGCCACGCAGACCCUCUUCUCUAACCAUGACAUCUAUAAAAGAAGAUUCGAGUACAGAAGACUCGGAAGUAUUGCAUUAUACACCCAGUUCCUUGAAUGAAAGUGCCACAUUCUUUAAUCAAGAUCAGUCGGCUACCCCUCUGGAGGUUACACACAAAGUCAACUCCUCACAAUUUUGGAUAACAUCCGGAGAGUUUACAGCAGCCAUUACCAUAGAUCACUUUGAAUCCAAACGUCUGAUGCUGUUGAGCAAUAUCUAUGCCCAAAAGAGUCUAGAAUCCAGAGAAAUGAACUUUGGCAUAGAUGAUCAAAAGUUCUGUUUGGAUAGCUCUGCCAUGCCAGAUGAUAUUAUCCGAAAGGUGCCUAAGGUAGAGAAUUGUUCACAAUACUGGUUUUCCACCGGCGAUGUUGUAAUACCCUUCACCGGCAAACAAAUGUCCACCCAAAAGAUACAAAGUUUCUUUAACUAUAUACGCGAGUUCAUGGAAGACUCGGGCUCCAUAAGAUUUGGCAUCGACAGCUAUGAAUUCUCCAAUAUCUAUCAACAAACUGAAAACUGUACAACCCUGUUCAAUGGCAACACUUGGACUCAAGCCGUUUCACCUAUAAAAACCAGCGAUUUAGAUCAAUCUGAUUUAGACUCCGAGGAAUUUGAAAGAAGUCUAACAUUUUCCGCCUUAAGUGGUGUGCACUCGGAUACCGUAUCAUUGAAAAGUGACGAUUUGAUUAAUCCCCAACAGACAAGCUUCACAGCUCAGCAUUCAUCCGGCUCUUUGGAGCAAAUAUUUGAAGAUGCUCGACACCUGAAUCUAUCCAAAACCCAAACCGAUAAACAAGCCUUGGAAACUCAAUUUACCGUGCCCGAAAUGUUAAAAACUCUACAAAAUCAACAGACCAAAUUGAAAUCUCUCGAAGAACGCAUGCUAAGUUGCACUGAAUCUUCGGGCUGUCAAAAGAUUGUGGACAUUAAUGAGUCUCCCGAUUAUAUGCGUAAAUUGAGAAGCAUUAUUUCAGCCAUUGACAAUAUAGGAAGAGGCAAUGGUUUUAAUGCCUGCACCAUAGAACAAUUGGAGAGUUUCAUGUUCUUUUUGAGCCGUUAUGCCGAUUUGUGUCUGGCCAAUUGCACCGCUCACAUUGAGAAAAUAUUGGAUGUGGUCAUGAAUCAACGCUCAUUUCAGGUGUAAAUCACUGAAAUUCAACUUGACUUUGUUCCUUAAAAGUAACUUCAAGUUUCUGCCCAGAUUGCUUCGUUUAAGCAAAUCAUCAUUAAUCAAUCAUCAUUCCAUUUGACAACAGCUUUUAAAAAAGCUCUCAUAUUCAGCCUUUUAGUUUUAAGUUUAUAAUUAUGUAGAUAGUUUUAAAAGAUUUUUUUAAAAAGUCUUGUGAAGACACUUAGAGUUACUUUAAUAAUGAAUGUAAGUUGAAACUAAUAAAAAACGACUUUGAAAAAAAAA